AUGGCGCCCAGAAAACGCAAGUCCGAUGUAGUCGGUUUAACCGAUAAUAACGAGGCUCGUGCAGCGAAAGUCAACCGACCGACUCCUUACUUGGACCCACAGGACAUCAGCAAUGGUGAAAGAUUUGGCGAAAGUACCGAUUUCAUUCCCUUGACUCAGGUUCCCGGCGCCGAUGAAGAUGAUGCUCAGGCCACCGAGCUUGUCGAGGGGAGUCAGGAUGUGGACGAAUCUUCCCCGUCCUCAAGUAUGCUCUAUGGCAAUCUGGAGACCAAGAUCGUGGGUGUUCGUUUCUACAAUGGCAUUGCUACCCCAGGAGAGCAUGUCAUCUUGAAACGAGAGCCACACAACCAAUAUGAUCCUAAUGCCAUCCGAGUCGAUAAUAUCAUGGGCAUCCAAGUCGGUCACAUUGGGAGGGGUAUUGCUGCUAAGCUUGCUCCUUAUAUUGACUCCAAAGAUCUUCACGUUGAAGGAGUCUUGACGGGUACUAAGGGGCCUUAUGACUGCCCUGUGACAUUGCCGCUAUACGGCCCGACUGACCCAGCCAGGAAGAUAAUUGUGAAGCAAAAAAUGCAGAAGGACAGACUUCCUUUACGGGAAUUCAUGGACGCCGAACGCAAGGAGAAGCAACGUCAAAAGCAGAUCGCUGCGGAGCAGAAGCAGGCUGAAAAGAAUGCCCGUGCGAUGGCCCUUAAGAAAGCUGCGGCGGGGUGGCAAGCUGGUGACGAUGACACAAUGUUUGCCAACCUUUCGACACCAACAGGGCUGGGUGAAGUCACCGAAACCAUAGAGGAUCUGAUUAACCAAAGCAGUACCUUUAAUCCCAGAGAGAUUGGCCAAGUGGUUGAGAGUUUCGGGCAAAAAGAGUCCGACAUGGCCAAGAUGCCGAUGGUCGAUACCCCAGCUGGUCUUUCUACCGAACUACUCCCAUAUCAAAAGCAAGGUUUAGCGUGGAUGAUUGCACGCGAAUCCCCCACCCUUCCCUUGCCUGGCUCCGAUGCCGUGGUUCAGCUGUGGAAACGCAGUGGAAAUAAUUUUACCAAUGUUGCAACCAACUAUUCCUCGGCCACCGCGCCAACACUUUCCAGUGGUGGAAUUCUUGCCGAUGAUAUGGGCCUUGGGAAGACAAUCCAGGUUAUUUCCUUGAUCCUGGCUGACCCAGCGCCCAAGACUUCGGAUUCCAGCAAGGCCACCUUGAUUCUCGCCCCAGUGGGCGUGAUGAGUAACUGGAGGAAUCAGAUCCAAGAUCACUGUCGAGCCGAGACCAUGCCGCGUGUUCUAAUCUAUCACGGGUCUGGAAAGAAAGAGGCUGGGAAUUUGUCACAAUAUGACGUGGUUAUCUCAAGCUACGGCGCUCUUGUCACGGAGUUCAAACAGGCACCGCAAAAGAGAUCCGCCAAGGGUAUUUUCUCGCUCCAGUGGCGGCGCGUCGUCCUUGACGAGGGACACACCAUUCGAAAUCCUGGAUCGCAGGGCUCUCUGGCAGCUUGCGCCUUGCGUGCAGACUCUCGCUGGACCCUUACAGGUACACCAAUCAUCAAUACUCUCAAGGAUCUAUACUCGCAAGUACGGUUCUUGAAGCUUUCUGGAGGCCUGGAGGACAUGGGCGUUUUUAAUAGCGUGUUGAUCCGUCCUCUCACAUCCGGAGUUCCUGAAGCUCGCUUGCUUCUUGAGGCCUUGAUGGGAACUAUCUGUCUCAGACGACGAAAGGACAUGGAGUUCAUUAACAUUCGACUACCGAAGCUCACUUCUCGCGUUCUUCGCAUCAAAUUCCAACGUCAUGAGCUCGAGAAAUACAGUGCGUUCCAGUCCGAGGCAAAGGGGGCCCUGUUGGAGUUCAAGGAUAAGCAAGGAACAUACUCUCACCUACUGGAGGUCAUUCUUCGCCUUCGUCAAGUUUGCAACCACUGGGCUCUAUGCAAAAAUCGUAUCAGCAAGCUCUUGGAAACCCUAGGUCAACAGAAAGCGGUGGAACUUACUCCUGAGAACAUGAAGGCUUUGCAGGAUAUGCUGCAGCUUCAAAUAGAAAGCCAGGAAGUGUGUGCCAUCUGUCUCGAUAACUUUGACCAGCCUGUCAUCACUGCGUGUGCCCAUUCUUACUGCAAAGGCUGUAUCGAGGAAGUCAUCGAAAGACAGCACAAGUGCCCGCUCUGCCGUGCCGAUAUCAAAGACAAUCAGAGUCUGGUCGCGCCUGCCCAGGAUUUCGGUGAAGAUUCGGACACUGUGAGCGCGGAUCCCAGCAAUCCUAGUAGCAAGAUCGAGGCCCUGGUAAAGGUUCUUACCGCACCAGGCCAAGGACCUGGAACUAAGACGGUAGUGUUCAGCCAGUGGACGUCCUUCCUCGAUCUUGUGGAACCCCACCUCAUCCAGCGUGGGAUCAACUUUGUCCGGGUUGACGGUAAGAUGAGUGCCAUCAGACGCGACAACUCCAUCAACUGCUUUUCUACCGAACCUACCUGCACUGUUCUUCUUGCAAGUCUUAGCGUUUGCAGCGUUGGUCUGAAUCUCGUGGCUGCCAACCAAGCCAUUCUUGCCGAUAGUUGGUGGGCCCCAGCUAUUGAAGAUCAGGCAUUGGACCGUGUAUACCGACUAGGGCAGAAGCGAGAGACCACUGUGUGGCGACUCAUCAUGGAGGACAGUAUCGAGGAGCGCGUGCUUAAUAUCCAGGGCCGGAAACGCGAGCUGAUGCUUGCUGCAUUCCGUGAGACAGGGAAGAAGAAGGCGGAGGAUAGGGCGACUCGUGUGGCUGAUCUUGAGAAUCUUCUGAACUGA